UGGUGUCACACGUGUGAUUGAGCGUGCGUUUUAUCUUGCCUCACAAGAACCCUUAUUUCUUCCGUUCUCUUCUCGACCCCUCCACCAAUCUCCGCAUCCGACGCCUCCCCCACGGCCUCCGAGCCCUCGUUCUCUUCGGUCGAAAGAUCGCCGCCGCUGCCGCCGUCCUCCGGUCUCCCCUCUCUGGAGGAUCCCCGUGGCCUCCGAUCUCGGCUUUAGAGGUACAUUACCUGCAGCAAAAAUGUCUCGUAAAGGAUUAAUGGAGCAGGACCUGAGUAAGCUGGAUGUGACAAAACUGCAUCCACUGUCGCCAGAAGUUAUUUCACGUCAAGCUACAAUUAAUAUUGGUACCAUUGGUCAUGUGGCCCAUGGAAAGUCAACUGUUGUAAAAGCUAUUUCUGGUGUUCAGACUGUUCGUUUUAAGAAUGAGCUGGAGAGAAAUAUCACUAUCAAGCUGGGAUAUGCUAAUGCAAAAAUAUAUAAAUGUGAAGAUGAUAGAUGUCCACGACCAAUGUGCUACAAGGCCUAUGGAAGUGGAAAGGAAGAUAGCCCUCUAUGUGAUGUGCCAGGAUUUGAGAACACCAGGAUGAAACUCCUAAGGCAUGUCUCGUUUGUAGACUGCCCGGGCCAUGAUAUUCUUAUGGCUACAAUGCUCAAUGGAGCUGCAAUCAUGGAUGGAGCAUUGCUUUUGAUUGCUGGAAAUGAAAGCUGCCCCCAGCCUCAGACUUCUGAGCAUCUGGCUGCUGUUGAAAUCAUGCGACUUCAGCAUAUUAUUAUUCUGCAGAAUAAGAUUGAUCUUAUUCAGGAAAGCGUGGCAAUUAAUCAGCAUGAAGCAAUUCAGAAAUUUAUUCAGGGUACAAUUGCUGAUGGGGCACCUGUUGUACCUGUCUCUGCUCAGUUGAAGUAUAAUAUUGACGUUGUUUGUGAGUAUCUUGUUAACAAAAUCCCUAUCCCGGAGAGGGACUUUACUUCACCACCAAACAUGAUAGUCAUUCGUUCUUUUGAUGUAAAUAAGCCUGGUUCUGAGGUUGAUGAGAUAAAAGGUGGUGUUGCGGGUGGCAGUAUCCUUAGGGGAGUUUUGAAGGUAAACGAGCCUAUUGAAGUCCGUCCUGGUAUUGUUGUCAAAGAUGAGAACGGCAACAUCAAGUGCACUCCAAUAUAUUCCAGGAUAGUUUCACUUUAUGCUGAGCAAAAUGAGCUCCAGUUUGCAGUUCCUGGGGGUCUCAUUGGAGUAGGCACCACGAUGGACCCUACACUGACGCGUGCUGAUAGGCUGGUGGGUCAGGUUCUUGGGCAAGUUGGGUCUCUGCCUGAUGUUUUUGUUGAGCUCGAGGUGAAUUUUUUUCUCCUCCGGAGGCUUUUGGGGGUGAGGACAAAGGGCACAGAAAAACAAGGGAAGGUAUCUAAGCUUGCAAAGGGUGAGAUCCUGAUGUUGAACAUAGGAUCGAUGUCAACAGGGGCGCGAGUGAUUGCUGUGAAAAAUGAUCUAGCUAAGCUUCAGCUCACUGCACCAGUGUGCACAAGCAAAAAGGAGAAGGUGGCCCUCAGCCGGCGGGUCGAGAAACAUUGGCGUCUCAUUGGUUGGGGCCAGAUCCAGGCUGGUGCGACCCUAGACGUCCCACCGUGCUCUAUUUAAAUCAAAGAAUCUUGCAGGUGAAGAGAAGCACAAAAGCAGAAAAAGUACAGCAUUAAGAGGUUUGUGAGAAGUCAUGUGGGAGGGUAGACAGCUUCUAGGAACAGUUUUUGUGAGAUGGAGAAGAAAACAGAACAAUGUUGAAGUUUUGUGUUUCAAAAUUUUAUCUGAUGCGAAGAGUAUUUAUCAUUAAUAUCAAUCAACAACCACUAUAUCUUGAAUUAAAAUGGGUGUAUUUUCU